GGUGAAACCAAGAUCUUGAAGCUGAAGAACCUGAGACCCAAGGACUACGCCAACUACAGCUGCAUCGCCUCCGUCAGGAACGUGUGUGCCAUCGCCGACCGCAGAGUCGUCUUCAGACUCACCAAUAAAACUGCUCCCGCCUCCAUCAAGCUGCUGGUGGAGGAUCCGAUCGUGGUGAAUCCGGGCCAGACGGUGUCUCUGGUCUGCAUCACGACCGCAGGAGAGCCGGCUCCGAGCCUGGCCUGGACCAGCGGCUCCGGAUCUCUGCCGGAGAAGAGCCUGAUGAAGGAAGGGGUUCUGACGCUUCCCGCCAUCGCCUCCGAGGACACCGGCGUCUACAGCUGCAUCGCCAGCAACAAUGUGGGAAACCCGGCCAAGAAAUCCACCACCAUCAUCGUACGAGCGCUGAAGAAGGGCCGCUUCUGGAUCACUCCGGACCCUUACCACAACGACGACAACAUCCAGAUCGGCCGCGAGGUGAAGAUCUCGUGUCAGGUGGAGGCCACGCCACCCGAGGAGCUGCAGUUCAGCUGGCUGAAGAACGGCCGGGCAUUACGCAGCUCUGAGCGCAUGGUCAUCACGCAGACCGACCCCGACAUCUCGCCCGGAACCACCAACCUGGACAUCAUCGACCUCAAGUUCACCGACUUUGGAACCUACACCUGUGUAGCAGCGCUCAGAGGAGGAGCCAUCCCCGAGAUCAGCAUCGACGUCAACAUCUCCUCCACCACUGUUCCUCCGAACCUGACCGUGCCGCGGGGCAAGUCUCCGAUGGCGGUGCGGGAGGGCGAGACAGUGGAGCUGGAGUGCCUUGUUUCAGGGAAACCCAAGCCCAUCAUCCUGUGGUCGCGGGCGGAUAAGGAGGCACCGAUGCCGGACGGCAGCAUGCAGAUGGAGAGCUACGAUGGCGUUCUGCGCAUCGUCAACGUGUCGCGCGAGAUGAGCGGAUCCUACCGCUGCCAGACCAGCCAGUACAACGGCUUCAACGUCAAGCCCAGAGAGGCCGUGAUCGAGCUCAUCGUGCGCUAUCCUCCGGCAGUGGAGCCGGUGUGGCAGGAGGUGCGGCAGGGUUUGGGUCGGCAGGUGUCCAUGAACUGCCGCGUUCUGCGUGCUCAUCCGUCCCGUGUGCUACGCUAUGAGUGGAGGCUGGGCUCGCGGCUGCUGCACGCCGGCACCUUCGACUCACGUGAUGACACCGAUUACAUCGUACGUAGCCUGGUGCGCGAGGGCUACGGCGAGUACACCUGCGACGUCAUCAACGAGGUGGGGCCGGGACGCUGCACCUUCCUGUUGACCGGUGAGACCAAAACACCAGAGUUUUAUUAUGACACCUAUAGCCCGCUGUGGCAGAACCGGCCGCGUGUUUAUGGCUAUAAGCUGCAGUGGACGCAGAUGAACCCGAGUGCCGUGGACCGGAUCAUGGCCUACCGCCUCGGGAUCCGACAGACGGGGCAGCAGCGCUGGUGGGAGCAGGAUAUUCCCGUGGAGGGAAACAUCCAGAAAGGAGAGCUGAUCACUCAUAAUCUGACGGAGCUCAUCCGACCCGAGGCGUACGUGGUUCGACUGACGCCCAUCACACGCUUCGGAGAGGGAGACUCCAGCACCAGAGUCGUCACAUACAGCGCUCCCAUCAAUCCUGAUCUGAGAGAGUUUCACUGCAGUUUUGAGGAGGAUCCCGUCUGCAUGUUCACUCAGGACAAGAAUGAUGACUUCGACUGGACGAGACACAGCGCAGCCACACGCGACACCAAAUACACGCCCAACACGGGGCCCAGCGGGGACCGCAGCGGCUCCAAACAGGGUUUCUUCAUGUACAUCGAGACGUCCAGACCUCGUAAAGACGGCGACACGGCGCGUCUCCUGAGCCCCACGUUUAAUGUGGCCCCCAAAAACCCCUACAGCAUCACCAGCCCUCCGGUUUACUGCUUCAGCUUCUACUACCACAUGUACGGCAAACACAUCGGCUCUCUGAAUGCAUUUGUGAAGCAGAAAGGUCAGUCGACUUCAGAUGCCGGUCCAGUCUGGUCUCUCAGCGGGAACCAAGGGGACCGAUGGAGACAAGCCAAAAUUAGCAUCCAUCCUACUGCCUCCUUCCAGGUGAUAUUCGAGGGCAUCCGCGGCCCCGGGAUCGAGGGGGACAUCGCCAUUGAUGAUGUCACGCUCGAGGAGGGGGAGUGUCCUGACCCUCCGUCCAAUCCGAUCAGAGGAGCGGCUGCAUGUGGCGUCUCCAGUAUAUGGCCACUGAGCGUCACGCUGUUUUUUACCGUAAUCAUCGGUCAGAGGUGACGCUCCACGUGAGAAAAGACUCCAGAUGCGUCCCUCAAUAUUUAAUCACCAAAGAUUCAUGCUUUCGGAUCGCAGAGGAGGCACAACAACAGAUCCACGCGGAAUGAAACGACCACAAACAGAAACUAAUGCUUAAAAUAUUAAAUAAAUUAACGUUCUCUGAUGCUCCGAUGUCUGGAAUCAACCGAGGAUUUGAACGUUGACGUCAAAAGCACAACGAAUACUUCGCAAUCUGGAUUUACCUGAAAGACAAGCGAAGGCAGUUUCGUGAACGAACAUUGAGUUUUACACACCAUUCCCCUUCCUUUUUUCCAUCUUGAGAUGUUCUUUUCUGGUGCUUUGGAGUAACGUCUCAUCCUCUGGUUGAUCUUCUCUUGAUUUGUUCUGGGUUUGGUUCGGAUCGGUGCUUUAAAAGCAAAUAAAACAGAACCUUGUUUCGCUUUAUUCCCCGACUCCAGUAGCAGGCUGAUUUCUCAACACUGUGCUCACGUUCUCAAGCGGAGAACUUUGCGUUUUUUGGCAUCCGUGACGGUGAAAACCUUGGUUUGUCGUCGUUCCCGGCACCGGCUGAGUGACAGAGUUUCUGCCAUUAAAAAAGAAGUGCCUUCAGGUUAAAAACCGAUCCGUUAGCCUGGCCAUCGACAACAAACGUCCAUGUUUCUAACAUCUGCGAUGGGCUAUUUUAUACUCAUUUCUAUCGCCCCUCAAGUGCUGGAAUGCACGACUGCGAGCGUCACAUACGAAUAAUCGCGAACACACGAUGUUUGGCUGCUGGAGGACGAUGUAUGGACAAAUGUCACGCUCUCCAUCCCCGGCUAUCAUGCCUCUGUCAUUUAUAUACCGAACAAUGUGCAUUCUGAGAGAAAAAUACUAAAUAUUCAUAACUAUAAUAAUAUUUUAUUACUCUAUCCAGAAUGUGUCUCAGCUUUUACAAACGAACUGUGAAAAUCGAUGGCGGUAUCUACCUGAGCGCUCGACCGGACGCUUUUUAAAAAGGGUGUUGUAAAAAAAAAAAAAACGUGAUAUGAAAAUGUUUUGACAAGAAGCUGUGUCUCGUUUCUUCUGAUUUACGUUGAAAUGUUCCGACUUUACUGUCUUUAUUUCUCGUCGUCUCCCUUGCAUUGCUGAAAAUAUCAAAAACGGGCAGAAAGACGCCGGUUUGGUAACUGUACAACUUGUAUAUGUAAAGAAGCUCUGUUCAUUGAGAUUUAUAUGAGAUGUUUUAUGAACGAGUCAAAGGAAGCACAACAUUUAGGAUUCAGUCAUUUAUAAACAUCAUACAUGUGACCGUCCUCCUGCAAAACCAGCGUGAAAAUAAAGUGACGCCGGAAGCUGACUUUCACUAAGAAUUGAAUUUAAAAAAAGAAUCAAAAUGGACUUUGCAUUGGACUGCUUUCGAAUAAAUGUGCACAUUGCUCAUGCAUAUGGUUAAAAACAAAAUAGGAUGUAAAUUACUGGCCCGGAAUACAAAAACAUCACAAGCUGAUUAAUGAUAUUCAAACGUCAUUUAAAGAAAUAGUUCACCUCAAAAUAAAAUGUGCUCACCCUCAG